AGUUCCAGGUUGCUGGGCACUGGACAAAAAAAUAGCCUUAGCUGUCUCGGGGUAAGAACUUCCAUGUCAGCCUGAACUACCGGGCAGCCGGGCAGCCGGGGUAGGUACCUAUGAGUUAUUGGGUACUUGCAUAAGGUAUAAGGUAUGAGGUCACCAUGUGCUACUCUACUUACCUGAUAGGGGAGCAACCUGAACAUGAGCGCGGGGCAGGCAGGUACCAUUUACCUACUUGGCUCCACAAAGAUCUGAGCAACGGCCGCCGACAGUUGUCAGUAUGUAAAGAAGAAAAAAAUAAAAAAUUUCUCGGACUUUUCGUCCCCCCGCCAAAGCUGCUGGAGCUGCCCCCAAACUUCCUCCACCACCAUCCGUCGUUCAUCUCAGAUACAUAUCCUGCCUAUCCUAAAGAUAGGAAUCGACAACCCACAGUCAUAAUCAGUCUUUUUUUCAUCGUUUCCCCGUUAAUCAUUUUUUUCCCACCACAGACAAACGAUCUAAUAGCACCACUUUUCCAUCUCGGUUGCUUCGCCUUCGCCUUCGUCUUCGCCUUCACUUUCGCAUCUUCUUCCUUGUUAUCCCUUCUCCACUAUUGAACCCGUUCUAGUCCCUCAUACAUAUUCUCCUCUAUAUCUCCCCUCUCCCUCUCCGUCUUACUGCGCCAGCUCCUUGGAUCGACCCUGGAUCGACCCCGGAUCGAUUCUGGUAUGGUGUAAUCAAAUCUCAUGACAUCUUUGAGCUCCGGCUGAGUCGUACUUUUCCGGGUCUGGUUCUAUGGCUAUG